UUUUUGGUUACACUCACUUCACAUACAUGAAUGGGUAAAGGAAGUGAUCAGGCAAUGAGUUUCCAUUAUUCUUGCAUCCCUACGUGUAGUGUUUCAGUAUAUUGACACUUUCCUCUAAGGUACAAAUAUCGUGUUGUUAGCUGUGGAUAGGUAGGAAGAUUAUCAGUUGUCUUGAAUGAUCAGGAUCUGCUGAAAUACUGCACACCGCCGGGAUAGGUAACAGUGGUAACAAAAAACUCGAGACGUCACGAUGCUCCGGGAAAUUCUUGCAUUAUCAGUUGAAGACAAGAUAUUUUACGCCGUCCUGUUCUUCUCAUGGACGGUGUACGUUUGGGAGGCCUACCUCGCUUAUAGACAGAGAAAGAUCUACAGGGCUACAGUGCAUGUGCCCACUGAGCUGGGCAAGAUUAUGGAUUCAGAGACCUUUGAGAAGUCUCGCCUCUAUCAGCUGGACAAGAGCAACUUUGGCUUCUGGUCUGGAUUAUAUUCUGAGUUUGAAGGCACGCUAAUACUGCUCCUGGGAGGAAUUCCAUUCCUUUGGAAAUUAUCUGGGCAUCUGACAGCUCACUUUGGUUUUGGUCCAGAGUAUGAGAUCUCCCAGUCUUUAGUGUUUUUGAUGUUGGCGACUCUCUUCAGUGCUUUUACUGGCCUUCCUUGGAGCCUCUACAACACAUUUGUUAUUGAGGAGAAGCAUGGGUUCAACCAGCAGACAAUUGGUUUCUUCCUAAAAGACGCUCUCAAAAAGUUUGCCGUGACUCAAUGUAUUUUGCUACCAGUGACAUCGUUGCUCCUUUACAUCAUCAAGAUUGGCGGCGAUUACUUUUUCAUCUAUGCCUGGCUUUUCACACUCAUCGUUUCACUGAUUCUAGUGACUAUCUACGCAGACUACAUCGCCCCUCUGUUUGAUAAGUUCACCCCGCUGCCAGAUGGAGAGCUGAGGAGUGAGAUCGAGAGCAUGGCGAAGUCCAUCAGCUUCCCUCUCACCAAGCUCUAUGUAGUAGAAGGAUCAAAGAGGUCUUCGCACAGUAAUGCCUACUUCUAUGGCUUUUUUAAAAACAAGCGCAUUGUGCUAUUUGACACACUUUUGGAGGAUUACUCCCCUUUAAACCAGUCGGAAGAGAAAGAGCCAGGAACAGGAGAGGAAAAUGAGACUGUGGUCAACGAGAGCAAGGCCAAGCCAAAGAACAAGAAACAGGGCUGCUCUAACCCUGAGGUUCUAGCAGUUCUUGGACAUGAACUGGGACAUUGGAAACUAGGCCAUACUGUCAAAAACAUUGUCAUUAGCCAGAUGAACUCCUUUCUGUGCUUCUUCCUUUUUGCUGUCCUGAUUGGUCGAAAAGAGCUCUUCAUGGCAUUUGGUUUUUAUGACACCCAGCCAACUCUUAUCGGGCUGAUGAUCAUCUUUCAGUUCAUCUUUUCACCUUACAAUGAGUUGCUGUCGUUCUGUAUGACUGUGUUGAGCCGGAGGUUUGAGUUCCAGGCAGAUGCAUUUGCGCGCGGUAUGGGCCGAUCGUCUGAGCUGUACUCUGCUCUCAUUAAACUCAACAAGGACAACCUAGGCUUCCCUGUAGCAGACUGGCUCUUCUCCAUGUGGCAUUACUCCCAUCCUCCCCUGCUAGAGCGUCUCAGAGCCCUCACUGGACCCAAGCAGGACUGACGGCAUUUCAAGGGGGGGCCACGUUCACCAAUCGCUCCCCCGAGAAAGGGUCUCCGCCGGCCUCUACUGGCACUCUGAUGUUGAUGCCUGUUUCUCUGUCCAUCCCCUUUUUAAAAUUCCCAUUCAUAAGUGUUUUUCAUUUGUUUGUUCUCGCCCUGUAGGAAAAAGUUUUCUGUUGGCUUCAGUGGAGAUAGGAUGGUCAUGACUUGUGUUAAGUUUGUUUGUUUCAGUAUGCCUUUUGCAGCUGUUCUCUUUUAAUUUGUCUUUUAUUUUAUUCAUUUUAAAGGAUGAAAUGUCCCCUCCGGAUCGUUACACCCAUCCAAUUAGUUAGAGGGAGAGGUUAAAACAUCAUAGAGGAGAACUCGGCGUCAUAUGAAACCAAGAGAUCCCAUCAUGUAAUAAAGAGAGCCAUGUGUACUUAAAGUAAACGGAAUGAGAAUUAAGAUGUUAUGUACCACCCAAUGAGACCACUGUUCUGAUCUUGUAUGGCUAAAUAAGACCAACUAAAAUGUCCGAUUCUUUCUAAAUAAUUUUUGUUCUCUUUACUUUUAAAACCAAAAAGGAGUUCUGUAAAUAUUUUUUUUUUGUGAAAUGUGAGCACUCUUAAAGGGCAAGUGUGAUUUAAAAUAUUUAAUGAGUAGUUUAGAAAUCUUGUUUUAUAAUUUAGUACAUUUUCCUUCUGUGCCUGAGUGUGCAAGAAUGUUGCAAUGAGAGUGUGUGAGAAACAUGACUGUCACAUUUCCCUCUGCUGUUUUACUAUCGAAUUUAAACCCUAAAUGGGAUAAGAGUUUUACUGGUUGAAACUUAUGAGGAUUUAGUUGGCUGUUAAAUUUGGCAUGCAAUGUUGUAAAGAAUUUUGAGGAUUUUACUUUGAAUGACAUGUUAAAGGCUCAGAGCGUAGUAGCAAUGGCUUGAAACAAUGAAAUGGACACUUGUUGAAAAUUAGCGCUGAACUGUACAAGUACUUUGUGAAAUAGCUGUGGGGUCACACUUAACCCACAAGGAAUAUGUCUUUUGACUUCUGGAGUGAUUGGACUGUAAAGAUUAACUUUUGCAUCACUAAGAAUAAAACAGAUUAUCACAACAA